UCCAAGGCUGUGUGCUUGUGUGGCGGUGGGGGACACAUGAUGACCUUCCCCUCCUCAGGAAGACCUAAAAGGGAAAAGCAACCCCCAGUGAGAUCCCCCUGUGCUGAUGAUUUUCAGGGACUUGUUGGCAACUCAGCGAGGGUUGCCAUAGCUUUUUUAUGUAGGGUGACCAGAACCGGCUGAAACUGGUUUGAGGCAGAUCAGCUCCUGAACACAAUGCAGUCACUGAGCUACUACAGUGGGAUAGCAGCUUCCUCCCUCCAUGGCAGCCAAAAGCAGAGGAGCUUGCAGGAAGGUGCCAUCCCAACACAGUAUGUGAAUGCACACUAGACACCACACAGCACUGGGUAUGUUCUGUGUUGUGCUUUUCCUUUUAGAAGCUACUAAAGGGUGUUGGGGAUACUUCUGACUAUUAUGAAGGCCAAAAGGCCUGUUGACUGGGGCUGCUUUUAACCCUUUCAUGUUUGCAGAGAAUGCAACUGUGUGACAGUAACUGAGCACUGGUCCAAAGUCUUUCCCAAAGGUCAAGGUUCACAAGGCUAUCUGAACAAGUUCAUGACCAUGGGGGAUAUGAAGACCCCAGACUUCGACGACCUCCUGGCCGCAUUUGACAUCCCAGACAUGGUCGACCCGAAAGCCGCGAUCGAAUCGGGACAUGACGACCAGGAGAGCCACGUCAAGCCCAACGCGCACGGGGACGAGGACUCGCACACGCCCUCGUCCUCCGACGUGGGCGUCAGCGUCAUUGUGAAGAACGUUCGCAACAUCGACUCCUCCGAGGGGGCCGAGAAGGAGGGCCACAACCCCACCGGCAACGGCUUGCAUAACGGGUUCCUCGCGGCGUCCUCUCUCGACAGUUACGGUAAAGAUGGAUCGAAGUCCUUGAAAGGAGACCCGCCUGCCUCAGAGGUGACUUUAAAAGACUCGGCUUUCAGCCAGUUCAGCCCCAUCUCAAGUGCUGAGGAGUUUGACGAUGACGAGAAGAUCGAGGUGGACGACCCCCCUGACAAAGAGGAAGUGCGUUCCGGUUUCAGGUCGAACGUGUUGACGGGGUCUGUUCCCCAGCAACAGGACUAUGAUAAAAUGAAGGCGCUCGGAGGGGAAAACUUAAGCAAAACUGGAAUCUCGGUUUCAGGCAAUGUAGAUAAAAACAAAGUCGUCAAGAGAGAAACAGAAACAAAUUCUAUAAAUCUGAGUGUUUAUGAACCUUUCAAAGUCAGAAAAGUGGAGGAUAAAUUGAAGGAAAACUCUGAAAAGGUGCUUGAAAAUAGGGUCCAUGACGGGAAACUGGGCUCCGAGAAGAAUGACCUCUCCCUUGGAGGCCUGGCCCCGUCAAGGUCAAAGCCAUCCUCCAAGCUUUCUUCCUGUAUAGCUGCCAUCGCAGCUCUUAGUGCUAAAAAGGCUGCUUCCGACUCCUGUAAAGAACCAGUGACCAAUGCAGGGGAUUCCUCUCCAUUACCAAAAGAAGUAAAUGAUAGUCCUAGAGCCAUUGAGAAGUCUCCUGAGUCCCAGAGUCUCAUCGAUGGGACAAAGAAGGUGUCCCUGAAGCAGCCAGAUAGCCCCAGGAGCAUUUCAAGUGAAAACAGUAGCAAGGGAUCUCCAUCGUCCCCUGCAGGAUCGACACCAGCAAUUCCCAAAGUCCGCAUCAAAACUAUUAAAACAUCAUCUGGGGAAAUAAAGAGAACAGUGACAAGGGUCUUGCCAGAAGUCGAUCUUGACUCUGGAAAAAAGCCUUCAGAGCAGACGGGGCCCAUGGUGGCAUCAGUGACAUCACUUCUGUCAUCUCCCACUUCCGCUGCUGUUCUUUCCUCUCCCCCCAGAGCACCUCUGCAGUCUGCCAUGGUCACCAACGCAGUUGCCCCUGCAGAGCUGACCCCCAAACAGGUCACUAUUAAGCCUGUGGCAACUGCCUUCCUCCCAGUGUCUGCUGUGAAGACGGCGGGCUCUCAAGUCAUCAAUUUGAAGCUCGCUAACAACACGACGGUCAAAGCCACGGUCAUAUCUGCUGCGUCUGUUCAGAGCGCCAGCAGCGCCAUCAUUAAAGCUGCCAACGCCAUCCAGCAGCAAACCGUCGUGGUGCCGGCAUCCAGCCUGGCCAAUGCCAAACUCGUGCCAAAGACUGUGCACCUCGCCAACCUUAACCUUCUGCCUCAGGGCGCCCAGGCCACCUCUGAGCUCCGCCAAGUGCUCACCAAACCUCAGCAGCAAAUCAAGCAGGCAAUAAUCAAUGCAGCAGCCUCGCAGCCACCCAAAAAGGUGUCUCGAGUCCAGGUGGUGUCCUCCCUGCAGAGCUCUGUGGUGGAAGCUUUCAACAAGGUGCUGAGCAGUGUCAACCCCGUCCCAGUUUACAUCCCCAACCUCAGUCCCCCUGCUAAUGCAGGCAUCACGUUACCGACCCGCGGGUACAAGUGCUUGGAGUGUGGCGACUCCUUUGCUCUUGAAAAGAGUCUGACUCAACACUACGACCGACGCAGCGUGCGCAUCGAAGUGACGUGUAACCACUGUACAAAGAACCUCGUUUUUUACAACAAGUGCAGCCUCCUUUCCCAUGCACGCGGGCACAAGGAGAAGGGGGUGGUGAUGCAGUGCUCCCACCUGAUCUUAAAGCCCGUCCCCGCAGAUCAGAUGAUCGUUUCUCCGUCCAGCAAUACUUCGGCUUCAUCUUCCGCGCUGCCGGGCUCCGUGGGGGCCGGCACACACACUGUCACCAAAAUUCAGUCUGGUAUAACUGGGACCGUCAUAUCCGCUCCUUCCAGCACACCCAUCAUUCCAGCUAUGCCUCUGGACGAAGACCCAUCCAAGCUCUGCAGGCAUAGUCUGAAAUGUUUGGAGUGCAACGAAGUUUUCCAGGACGAGACGUCGCUGGCCACGCAUUUCCAGCAGGCUGCAGAUACGAGUGGACAAAAGACUUGCACUGUCUGCCAGAUGCUGCUUCCCAACCAGUGCAGCUAUGCAUCCCACCAGAGAAUCCAUCAGCACAAAUCUCCCUACACCUGCCCCGAGUGCGGGGCCAUCUGCAGGUCGGUGCACUUCCAGACCCACGUCACCAAGAACUGUCUGCACUACACGCGGAGAGUUGGUUUUCGAUGUGUACAUUGCAAUGUUGUGUACUCUGAUGUGGCCGCCCUGAAGUCUCACAUUCAAGGUUCUCACUGUGAAGUCUUCUACAAGUGCCCUAUUUGUCCAAUGGCGUUUAAGUCUGCCCCAAGCACACACUCCCAUGCCUACACACAACAUCCGGGCAUCAAGAUAGGAGAGCCAAAAAUAAUCUAUAAGUGUUCCAUGUGCGACACCGUAUUUACCCUGCAAACCCUGUUGUAUCGCCACUUUGACCAACACAUCGAAAACCAGAAGGUGUCUGUUUUCAAGUGCCCAGACUGUUCUCUUUUGUAUGCGCAGAAGCAACUCAUGAUGGACCACAUCAAGUCUAUGCAUGGAACGUUGAAGAGUAUUGAAGGGCCUCCAAACUUGGGCAUAAACUUGCCUUUGAGCAUUAAGCCUACAACUCAAAAUUCAGCAAAUCAAAACAAAGACGACACCAGGUCCAUGAAUGGGAAAGAGAAAUUGGAAAAGAAGUCUCCAUCCCCCGUGAAGAAAUCGAUGGAGCCCAAGAAAGUAGCCAGUCCUGGGUGGACGUGUUGGGAGUGCGACCGCCUGUUCACACAGAGAGAUGUGUACAUUUCUCACGUGAGGAAGGAGCACGGGAAGCAAAUGAAGAAGCACCCCUGCCGCCAGUGUGACAAGUCCUUCAGCUCCUCGCACAGCCUGUGCCGCCACAAUCGGAUCAAGCACAAAGGCAUCAGGAAAGUUUACACCUGCUCGCACUGCGCAGACUCCAGGCGGACCUUCACGAAGCGGUUGAUGCUGGAGAAGCACAUCCAGCUCAUGCACGGGAUCAAGGACCCUGACCUGAAAGAGAUGACAGAAGCCACCAACGAGGAGGACCCAGAAAUCAAAGAGGACGCCAAGGUUCCCAGUCCCAAGCGGAAGUUGGAAGAACCAGUUUUAGAGUUCAGACCUCCCAGGGGUGCGAUUACGCAACCGCUGAAAAAGCUAAAGAUCAAUGUUUUUAAGGUUCACAAGUGCGCCGUGUGCGGCUUCACCACCGAGAACCUGCUGCAGUUCCACGAGCACAUCCCGCAGCACCGGUCGGACGGCUCCUCCCACCAGUGCCGGGAGUGCGGCCUCUGCUACACGUCCCACGUGUCGCUGUCCAGGCACCUGUUCAUCGUGCACAAGCUGAAGGAGCCGCAGCCGGUGUCCCAGCAGAACGGGGCCGGCGAGGAGAGCCAGCAGAACCAGCCCAGCCCCGAGCACGAGGCGGCCGACGGCGCCGCGGCCGACCGGAAGUGCAAGGUGUGCGCGAAAACGUUCGAGACCGAAGCGGCCUUAAACGCGCACAUGCGGACCCACGGCAUGGCCUUCAUCAAAUCCAAGAGAGUGAGUUCAGCGGAGAAAUAGCCACAGACCUUCCACCACGAGGAAGAGCCCUGUCCACAUGGGAAUGAAAAAGACAUUUUUGUUACAGAAAGGUUGCAGUAUAAUAGAGUUAACAGUGGUUGCAAUAUAUUCUCUCUCAGCGUCCCGUCCCUUCUUCACCUUCCCGUGUGUAUCCUCCCUAAGUAUUAAAACAGUGUUUGAGUUCAGAGGAGUUUGUAUAUAUUUAAAUAACUUUUUAUACUCUUUGUUACAUGUUUGUAUCAGUAUUUAGUAGAAACUGUUUUGAGUUUGGGUUUUUGUGUUUUGGGGUUUUUUUGUUUUGUUUUUAUUUUGGUGGGGGAAGAUUAUAAUUUUUUUUUUUUGUAUUGUUCCUUUGAAGCAGAGUUCUUAGUAACGGGCAGUUCCUGAAUUCAAAUAAACCAUUUUGUAUGUUACAGAUUUAAAAGGGUUAACUAAUUAUGGGCUAAGAUAAUGCCUUUUUUAGUGUUUUUAAUUUUUAGAAUUUACUACAUCAAUUGUAGGUGAUCGUGGGUCUCAAAACACCUGGGGACUUUCAAGUGUCUUAGCGCUACCCUCCACGUGCCUGCUCUGAGUCUGGGGUGGCGCGCCUCGGACCCACGCACGCUCUGGCGGCGUGUGGCAUCUGUUCCGGGUCGUGCCAAACGGUGUUGAAAAGCGGCAGCCUUGCAGGUGAAUAAAACACGGAGGCCCGGCAUCCAGUAACAGAUGAGGGGUUUCCUGAUUUCCGUCUUACGGGGAAGAAAGGUAUCCAUCCUGAAGGGCAGAGUGGGGGCUGGUGCUUUUCUGGCCGGAGUGCAAGGCUGCCUCCAGGAGCACAAGGAAAUAAAGCUGCGAAAGGGCUGGACUACCGUACACGUUGCAAAUCCGUAGUUAGACCAAUAGAUUUAUAUAGUCAAGUUUUUGUCAUGUAAUUUAUUAACUAUUACCAAGACACGCCUAAAAGAUCUCAAGUAUUUCUCUGGCUCUUGACAGGAAGACAAAAAUCCUAGUUGACUUAACCCUUUGCUGUCUGAAGAGUUGGCAUUUCCUGUUCUGGGUGCUACUGCCAAACGUUCUGGUACUUAGAGUCCGGGAAGCACAACUCCAACCACCGCGUCGUCGGCCUGGGGCCGCCGGGUGAGCGCCGCCGCCGCCCGGGCAUAGGUCGGUCAUUUCAACAAGUACAUUCACGGUCAGAGGUUCUGCUCUGUGGGAGUACAGUGGACACGCUCUUCUGUCCCGUCCGUUUAUAGUUCUCUGGGAGAGUUCUAUUUUUUGGUUUUUGUUUUGUGUUUUCUUUGGAAUUUUAUAUCUUGUAUUUAUCCCUAAACAUGUUUUGUACUUUUGUUUUGUUUUUUUUUUAAGAAAAGAAAUUUGUUUGUGUAUAUAUAGAUCCUUGCAUGAUACACUGUAGUCAAUGUUCGGUUCCUCAAAAAGGUCUCGCUGCUGUCGGGGGUCACGCACCACAUCCACCCUAACUGUAUCACACGCGUUUCAUCUGUAAAUAAACGUGGGACGUUUGGCCCUUG